AAUGGUAAGCAACACUACAGCUCUGCGGAAUGGCAAGCAUGGCUGACAAAACACUGAGUUUGUUACCUUUGUCUAGGGUAAAGACAAUUAUGAAAAGUUCUCCUGAUGUUUCAAGUAUCAGCCAAGAAGCAUUGUUUACAACUGGAAAAGCUACGGAGCUCUUCAUUCAGGCAUUGGCCCGAUUUUCUUUGGAACAAAGCAAGGACACUUCAAAUCUACAGUACUGUGACCUAGCAGAGGUUGUCAAUUCAGAAGUAACCUUACAGUUUUUACAAGAUAUCAUUCCAAGGAAGAUCAAAGCAAAGGAAUAUUUGAAACUUCUUAAAAAAGAAGAGGAGGAAGAAGCCUGAGGGGACCUUAUAUUUGCGUGUGUGGAUUUGACUGACUUUGUCUUUACAAAUGACUGCAAAAUGAUAAUUUUUAUUCCAUUGUACAAGUUAUAAUGAAAGAAGAGAAACUAAUCAAAUGGACAGACUUUAAUGGUAAUAUAUAUAUUUAAAUUGCAGUGGUGUCAAAGAAGAAAAAAAAAUUUUUUUUUUUCCUGCAAUAUCAGUAAAUUAAAAAUAAAAAAACCAACAGAAUUUCACAUGAUGUUACACGUGCAUAAUUAUGUGCACUUUUAUAUCGCUAACAUGUGCCUACACACACUUGUCGUCUUUCCAGCAAAUGUCAGUUAAAGUGGUUAAGGGUCAUAGGGUCAGGAAACAAUUAUUAGGCUUCUGUAGUAAAUAGACUGUACACGUUCAUAAUUAUGUGUACUUUCAUAUCACAGACAUGUGCCUGCUUUCACAUUUGCUCUCAUUUCAGCAAACGUGAGUACUUAAACUGGUUAGGGGUCAUAGGGUUCAGAAACGGUUAUUAGACUGUUGUCCCUUAUGUUAGGCACAAUUCUCUCCCUUGUAUUAGGCAGCUUGGUUGAUACAGUAAUUCUAUCCCUUUUAGCAUGUCAUAACGUCCAUUUUUUUCUGGUAUCCAAUUUUUGUAGAUGAAACUCAAAAAGAAUGGAAUUUUGUGUGCAUGCCGAUUUGUUUUGUUUUGUUUUUGGGGUUUUUUUUGGGGAUGAUAGGGGUGGCGGGCUACUUCUUCUGCUGUUUGUUCCUAAUCGCCCCUUGUUGAGCAUGAGGCCGCAAAGGGGUUAGUGGGCAGUUAAGAUGAUUUAUAAAGCAAUUCACUUUUGACAAACACGACCAGCCUUCAAGAAUAAAAUUAAGGUCGUCUUUAUACACUUUUAUGUAAUAUUGUGCAUAGUUACUUCUUCCUUCAUUUAUUUUUCCAAGAAAUAUUGCUUGUUGCUGAAAGUAAAAUUUCAGAUCUGUUGCCAUUUGUUUCAGAACAAAAUACAUUGUUCUAACCACAGGUAGAGAUACGUAAAAAAAACAUUUUAUAUGUUUAACUCAUGUCUUGAAGUUAUGUUUUGUUUUGAGUGACAUAACUGGUAUGAAAGCUUUUUCAACCUCAUUAGUCUUUUACUGUGUGAGAUGGAAUUGUUUUUGAUUUAGAUUGUAAAAUUAUGGGUGGAUCUGAUAAUGGUUGACCCAAGUAUACAAGUGAGAGGAAGGAGAAAUAAUGUGUGUUUAUUAAAUCACAUUUUUUAAGAACAGUUGUAUAAUUCAUUUAUCACUGAUUUCAGAUCACUGAACAUGAGCUGUAAUGUGUGACUUACCUAAGGUUAUUUCAGCUUUACAAUUUCUAAAGGGAGAGAGAUCCUUUAAAGAAGUUUACGUGGAAUAUUGGUUGUAUUUUGCCACUCACACAAUCCAGACUUAGCAACAACAGUUUAAAAAUCUUCAUUUUAUUCUUCAUUUAUAGGUUAUAUUACAAAGUUUAAAAAAUUAGUUUUUUUCAUGCAUGUCCACACUUUUCUACAUUAGAUUUUGGUUGCCUGGAAGAGAUUCUCAAAAGUUAGCGUAACAUACAACUUUGGAUGACCAAUGACUGCAUAAAGUGCACGACUGCACUGGAUCAAAUCUCAAUAUGCAAGUCAUCAGAAGAUGUAUAGUCAUAUGUGUGUGUGUGUGUUUUAGCGUAUUGCCCCUUUCUGUGUUGAACAUCUCUAUUCAAAAUGUGGGAACUACUCGACCAUAAAUUAUUGAAUCUGGGAAAGUUUUUGCUGGGUUUGCCAUUGUCUGGCUUUGUAUCAUGAACUGCCAAAGUUAUUCAAAAGAUUGUAUAUGUGUAUACAUGGAUUGAUUGAUGUUAUACAGUAUCACAAAGACUAUGUGGACAUUUCAUGCUAGAGCAAUCUAUUGCUAUCAGUCAACCUAUUCAUUUAUGUACAAAUGAUGUUUAUAAUAAUAUUUUUCUAGUAAUUAAUGUGCCUGUGAGAUGCUUAGAUGGCUGCCUGAGAUGAUAAAUGCAGCUGCUUUUUUACCGGAAGGAGUGCAUAAAAAUGUUGAAAAUCAA